CAUCUCGACAAUACGCAAACAUCGUCCAACAGAAACGCCCGUCGGCGCGUUAUAUACCCACUUCACUCUCCGCGUUUAUUCUUGUCCAACAAUUGCAUCGUAAAUGCAGAAAAUUAAGUGAAUGCAGAUUGUAGGGAAGCGCAUACGACAAUUAGAAAAAUGCGAUAAUGGAAAAUUCUGGACUGUAGCGUGAAAAGUUCGUCGGGUUGGUGAUUAUUAGUGGGUUCGAGGCGAGCUUUGCACAAUACCACGUGGCAAUCCCAAAAACAUCCCACAUCGUAAAGAAGAGAACCUGAAAUCAAAAGCAGAACUACAAUGGAAUGGGACUGGAGUUGGGCCGUUGCGGGCAUCACCCCUGAAGUUCCAAGGACGACGGGGCCUGAGUGCAUUAACUAUAUGACGGAUCGGCGACGCUGGAUAGAGACGGUGCUGCUGUCGGCCCUCUUCAUCUUUAUUAUGCACAGGUCCUGGAAGCGUCUGGCUCCCAUUAACCUGCCGCCACUCCAUGAGAUUCAAAAGUCACACAGUCCCACGCGACUGUUCCUCCUGAUCGCCAUGUCCAUGGUGUUUGGCAUUGAGAUGGGAUUCAAGCUGUCCGGCCAGUCAAUGAUCUUCGCCUUGAAUCCCUGCCACGUGCAGACGUGUCUGCAGAUCUAUCUUCUGGCCGCCAAGCCGACAAGGACAACUACGGCAAUGUUUCGGAUACAAAUGAGCAACCUGAACGGCCCUUUCCUGGCCUUUCUCUUUCCCGAGGUGGAGGGGCGCACGUAUCCCUUCGAGCAGUCCACGUACUGGAUACAGCAUGCUCUGCUCUACAUUAUACCCAUUUACAUUAUACGAAGCGGCGCGUACACCGUUGAGGACCUAGGCGACUUCCAUUGGUCACACAUUGGAACAGCUUUCAUGCUGUUUUAUCAUUUCAUUUUCCUAUCCCCACUCUCCAUAUUUACUGGCAUCAAUCUGGAUCACAUGCUGUGCGCAGCCAUGUCUGAUCCAUUUCAGGGCCCCAACUACAGACUUUUUGCUUGUUGCCAUCAGGCUUUGCUCUGCCCGCUGCUCAGCAAGGGAACCGUACUCUUGUUCGGUCGCCGGAAGAGCGCCUCCGGUGAGAAUGGAGCGAGGAUGAGGAACGUGGGUCGUGAGACUUUGCCCGCGGCGGGGACGGAGACUCAGGCUGCCAUGUAUCAUCAGCGUGCGCAACAGGAGUACGGCACAGCAGAGGAGGCCACAGAGACAUUAAUGCGGCAUCGGUACAAUGCUCAGGCAGCUUCGGCAGCCUCGGGUGGAAUGCAUUCGCAUGAUGCGGACGAAAUGGCGGCCAUAUACGACGCUGCUGAGUAUAGAAUGCCCACGACCAGGAUCGACUAGUCCACAGCAAAGGAGAGGGCCGAGCAAUGGAUAUCGUAUAUUGUAUGCCCACAAUGUUUGUCAAUUCUUGAAUUACUUUAGCAACUUUCGGUCUGGUCUGGUCCGGGCCACGCUCUGUAGUUAGACCCCGUCCCGUAACUCCAUAUACAGAAGUAACGAGGAUUUCAUCUGAUCUGUGAACUGAGAGGUAGAGAGGUUGAUCAAAAGACGUGUACAUAUGUAUGUACAUACAAUUAAUGCUACAAAUUCAUGCUCACUGAGGUUAUAAUUCCAAAAAAAUUUACCAAAAACAGUUUUAAAAGAUUAUAUUUGUUCAGUAGAAACUUAUUCUGAUGAAAAAUCAAUUAUUACAACAUUGCAAUAAAUCAUAAUUAUACAAAUUACACAAUAAUGUACUAUAUUUCUGUAAGUGUGCCUGCC